AUGGAGGAAAGUUCCUACUCAGAAUUCACGAAAUUUUCCAGAAGGCGGAGGCCGUGCUGCUGUAGGGGAACGCAGCUGGCCCUGCUGGCGCUGGUGACGACGGCGCUGUGGGCUGGGCUGCUGACUCUGCUUCUCUUGUGGCACUGGGAAAGUGCACGAAACCUAAAACAGCUGGAGGAGACCGCCGCCCAGAACGUCUCUCAGGUGUCCAAGGACUUGGAAAGACACAAGGGUGACCAGAUGGCCCAGAAAUCCCAGGCUGCCCAGAUGAUGCAGGACAUGGAGCGAAUCCAAACUGAACAGAAGAGAAUGGAAUCUCAGGAGUCUGAGCUCUCCUGGAACCUGGAUGGUCUUCGAGCUGACCUGAGUGACUUGAAGUCCCGCGGCUUGAAUGAGAUGCGUCAGGCCUUGGACUCACUGGGAAGACUCCAAGAGGAGGUGGGAAAGUUGUGGAUCGAGCUACGGGCGUCCAACGGCUCUGUGUGCAACACGUGCCCCGAGGCAUGGAUCUAUUUCCAGAAGAAGUGCUACUACUUCGGGGAGGGCGCCAAGAAAUGGAUCCAGGCCCGGUACGCCUGUGAAGAUCUGGACGGGCGGCUGGUUAGCAUCCACAGCCCAGAGGAGCAGGACUUCCUGACCAAACGCGCCAACUGGAGGGGCUCCUGGAUUGGCCUUCGGGACCUGGACAUUGAGGGGGAGUUUAUCUGGAUGGACAAUCAGCCCCUGGACUAUAGCAACUGGCAGCCAGGGGAGCCCAACGACGGGGGCCAGGGUGAGAACUGCGUGAUGAUGCUGGGCUCUGGGAAGUGGAAUGACGCCUUCUGUGGCAGCGACCUGCACGGCUGGGUGUGUGACCGGCUGGCCACGUGCUGA